AUGGCUUCUCCGCAAGCGAAGCAAUGGGGAGUUACACCUCCGAUUUCGACCGUGCUACCAACGCCAGCUGAGCUUACGGAAAAUGAUAACUUGAUCGCAGAGCUAAAACAUCAGAACAAUUUUGAGGCUCCAUCGGAAACCGAGAGAAGGUUGGGAACGAAUAUCCCCUAUAGGUUCGCACUGCUAAAUAUCAACCCAAGGAAACAGAUUCUCCACCUCCUCCAACGCGUCACUAUCGAAUUCAUCAAAUCGGUCGGUCGGAAAAAGGGGCUAUCGCAGGGUGCAAUCGAUGCUGCGGGAGGAAAGAUCUUCACGUUUGGAAGCUACAGGCUAGGCGUAUAUGGACCAGGCUCUGAUAUCGACACGCUUGUGGUAGGCCCCAAGCAUGUCACAAGAGAAGAUUUCUUCGCCGAUUUUCCUUCAACAUUAGAGCAGCUGGCGCCUAAAGACUCCAUAGAAAAGUUAACGUCAGUUCCAGACGCGUUCGUCCCGAUCAUGAAACUCGAGCUUUCGGGCAUCAGCAUCGACCUUAUCUUUGCGCGCUUAGUGGUUCAUUCCGUUCCUUUAAACCUUGACUUGAAGAACAAAGAGUUAUUACGUGGCUUGGAUGAACGCGAACUACGUUGUGUUAACGGGACUCGUGUAACUGACGAAAUCCUGGAGCUUGUGCCGCAGCAAAAGACCUUUCGACUAGCCUUAAGAGCAAUCAAGCUUUGGGCGCAGAGCAGAGCUAUCUAUUCAAACGUUGUUGGGUUCCCUGGUGGUGUGGCGUGGGCCAUGCUGGUGGCCCGUGUAUGCCAACUCUACCCCCAAGCAACCGGCUCAGUGAUUAUCGGCAAAUUUUUUCGCAUCAUGAAUCAGUGGAAUUGGCCACAGCCUGUGUUACUGAAACCCAUUGAAGAUGGCCCGCUUCAUAUGAAAGUCUGGAAUCCAAAGAUAUAUCACGGCGACAGAUUCCAUCUCAUGCCCAUUAUCACACCUGCCUACCCAUCAAUGUGUGCGACCCACAAUAUUUCCCUUUCAACCAAAGCUGUGAUCCUUCGAGAGCUCAAACGCGGUGGUGAUAUCGUUGACAAGAUUUUCAUGGGACAGCUUAGAUGGAGUGAUCUCUUUGCCAAACACUCGUUCUUUUCAAAAGACUAUAAGUAUUAUCUCAGCAUUACUGCUUCUAGUACAACCAAAGAAGCACAGUCUGUGUGGUCAGGCCUAGUUGAAUCAAAACUUCGACAUUUAGUUCUCGCUCUAGAUAGGAAAUCGUCCAUCGAGGUCGCCCAUCCGUUUCCCAAAGGGUUUGAAAGAGUACAUAUCUGCAAGGACGAGAAAGAAACGGAGAUGGCGAAAAAUGGUUCCACGAAGUUUCAAGCAAAGGGAACUAAAACAGAAACAACCGACGAGGUAAACGAUCCAGCACAUUUAGCAACCACCGAAAAUGAGAACGGUUUAAUACCCAUGCCAAAACUGGAGCAAACUGAACAGCCCGACAGCCACACCAUCCACACGACUACAUAUUACGUUGGCCUUGAAUUAAAGCCAUUAGUCCCAGGUGCCUCGAAAUCUCUAGAUAUCUCUUCCGAGACCCAGCUGUUUAAAAACAUGUGCACUUCAUGGGUGCAAUAUCAGCCUGGUAUCAACGAAUUAACAAUAACCCAUGUUCGCAAUUACGAUUUGCCAGAAGAUGUCUUCCAAUCCGGCGAGAUUCGACCUGUCCGCCCGAAGAAGAAAGUAGUGAAAAAAAUCGAAUCAACUGCACAAAAGAGGCCGAUUGAAGCUGUGGACGCCCAAGGAUUGUCCGAGAACGCCCGUAAACGCCAAGUAUCUGGAAAUGGAGUAGCCGCCGCCGCGACUGCCUGA